UAACUCAGUCUCUUCUGGUUUAACCAUUCUGUUUCAAAUUGAAACAGUCUCUUAAGUAAAUGCUCAUUCAAAGACUUUUCCUCUCCCUCUUCUUUCCCAAAUGGAUUCUGUGUGAGCAGGAGUUUAUGGGACUUCAUGGCAGCAAGGAAAGAAUCAACCUCAGAACUGUAUGCAGUGGUCCUUGGAGUGUCCUAUGACUUCUCACUGGCCUUGUUACCAGAGAUUGAAAGGGUCCUCGAUAAAUGUCACAGGAAGGAAUUCCAGGACACACCAAAAUAUUAAUAUAUGCAAACAAAGCCAAGCAAGCCAAGGAUUUAUUAAAAGGAAGAAAACAUUACAGUAUACUCUCAAGAUGGCAUGAAAGUGGACAGGUCCAGGAUAAAAGGCAACUGCACCGAAGAACAAAGAAAUUUAGACAGGUGUUCCCAGGGCGUUCCCAGGACAGGUCUUUACUGUUGAUGACCACUCCUUCCUGUCAGGAGCCUCCAUUCUCCUUUACAUGGAGUCACAAGAAUGAAUGAAGUCCUCUGAGUAUACGGACCAAAGAAAGCUGCGGUGGAGAUAUACCACAUUUUCCAGGGUGAUGAAAUGUUCUGAAUUGACUGUGGUGAUGGCUGCACAGUGUAAUUUCGGUGGGAUUCAGCAGAUGGCAUUAAAGAGCUCCCCCACCCACACACACCCCAACGUUAAAUGUGGUUACCAGUGAAAUAAAUAUUUGAGGAAGUACUUGAAUUUCCUACAGACUGCCAACGGGACAGAUAGGCAGAUUGUUUCGGUGGUGUUGCUCUUGAUCGCGUUCUUCUCCGUCCAUCUCUUUGCAAUGAGAAUGCUGAGGAAGAUGGGAUGCAAGUGAAUUACUCCUGGAGGAAGUGCUGCCAUACAACUCCUCUGUUUUUAUGGGCAGGUUUAUGUAGUAUCUUCUCCAGGCUGUUUUUAUGAGCUAUUUUCUCUUUACUCAGACCACUGAAGUUGUUCUGCGGUGCUACUUGUCAGGUGGAAUUGUAGGUUUCAGAAAUGUUUCCUAGGCUUUACCCAAUUUCAUCAAAAGAGUUGAAAAGUCUUCGCGAAUGACGAUGGAGGGGUGUACCAGGACUUCUCCUAUGUCAAAAGAAAUCAGAAUCAGAAGGGAUCAUUGGGCAGCUCUACAAAAGGGGACCACCUGGAUAAUCCAGAAUGAUCUCCUCAUCCCAAGAUCCUUAAUUGUCUCUGCAAAGACUGUUUUUCCAAAUAAGGAUGUGCAUCUGUAACAAGAUUCUCUGAAGAAUAGCAACUGCCCUUAGGAAUAUCUAGUCUUACGAAAUGACUAAAACUAAUUCUACCAUCUUCCAUUCUGCCAUCAUCUUCAUGUUACUACUUGAGAUCAAAAUCCAGUUAUCUGAUGCAAGUGACUUUUUAGUUGACAGAUCAAAAACAGGUCUCAUCCAUGUUCCCAAAGACCUAUCCCUGAAAACAACAAACCUAGAUAUAUCACGAAACUGUAUAUCUGAGCUUUCUGCUUCUGACAUCCUGUCAUUAUCAAAGCUGAGGAUUUUGAUAAUUUCUCAUAAUAGAAUCCAGUAUCUUAACAUCAGUGUUUUUGAAUUUAACCAGGAAUUGGAAUACCUGGAUUUGUCCCACAAUAUGUUGGAGAAGAUUUCUUGCCAUCCAACUGUGAACCUCAAGCACUUAGACCUCUCAUUUAAUGCAUUUGAUUUCCUGCCCAUAUGCAAAGAGUUUGGCAACAUGUCUCAACUACAAUUUCUGGGUUUGAGUGCCACACGGUUACAAAAGUCUAGUGUGCUGCCAAUCGCUCAUUUGCAUAUCGGUAAGGUUUUACUGGUCUUAGGAGACUCUUAUGGGGAAAAAGAAGACCCCGAGAGCCUUCAAGAGCUGAACACGGAGAGUCUGCACAUUGUUUUUCCCACAAGUCAGGAGUUCCACUUUAUUUUGGAUGUGUCAAUCAACACUGCAGUAAGUCUGGAACUAUCAAAUAUUCAGUGUGUGCUUCAUAAUAAUGGAUGUUCUUAUUUCCUAAAUGUUCUGUCAAAACUUCAAAAGAAUUCAAGGCUAUCAAAUCUUACUUUAAAUAAUAUCAUAACCACUUGGUAUUCUUUCAUUACGAUCCUCCAGUCGGUUUGGCAUACAAGCGUAGAGUUUUUCUCAAUUUCAAAUGUGAAACUACAAGGUCACCUUGACUUCAGAGAUUUUGAUUAUUCUGACACUUCACUGAAGACUUUGUCUAUACACCAAGUUGUCAGUGAUACGUUCACUCUUUCCCAAAGUUAUAUCUAUAAAAUCUUCUCAAAUAUGAACAUCCAGAAUUUCACAGUGACUGGUACACAGAUGAUGCACAUGGUUUGCCCAUCACAAAUGAGCCCAUUUCUACACUUGGAUUUUUCUAAUAAUCUCUUAACAGAUAUGGUUUUUAACAAUUGUGGAAACUUGGCUAGGUUGGAGACACUUAGUUUACAAAUGAAUCAAUUGAAAAAACUUGCAAACAUAGUUCAUAUGACCAAGGAGAUGAAAUCUCUACAACUGGAUAUUAGCCAGAAUUCUCUAAGUUAUGAUGAAAAUGAAGGAUAUUGCUUUUGGACUAUAAGUUUAUUGAGCUUAAAUAUGUCUUCAAAUAUACUUACCAACUCAGUUUUCAGAUGCUUACCUCCCAGAGUCAAGGUUCUUGAUCUUCACAAUAACAGAAUAAGGAACAUCCCUACAGAUGUCACUAGUCUGGAAGCUUUGCAAGAACUCAAUGUUGCUUUCAAUUCUUUAGCCCACCUUCCCGGAUGCGGUAGCUUUAGCAGCCUUUCUGUACUGACCAUUGACUACAAUGCAAUUUCCAACCCAUCAGCUCAUUUCUUCCAGAGCUGCCAGAAGAUUAGGUCUAUAAAAGCAGGGAACAAUCCAUUCCAGUGUACGUGUGAGCUAAGAGAAUUUAUCCAAAGUAUAGGCCAAGUAUCAAGAGAGGUGGUAGAGGGUUGGCCUGACUCUUAUAAGUGUGACUAUCCAGAAAGCUAUAAGGACACCCUACUAAAGGACUUUCAUGUGUCUCCAUUAUCCUGCAACACAGCUCUGCUGAUUGUCACCAUUGGGGUCACUGGACUGGUGUUCGCUGUCACAGUGACCAUCCUCUGUAUCUACUUUGAUCUGCCCUGGUAUCUCAGGAUGAUGUGUCAGUGGACCCAGACCCGGCACAGGGCUAGGAACAUAAAUUUAGAUGAACUCCAAAGAACUCUCCAGUUCCACGCUUUUAUUUCAUAUAGUGGGCAUGAUUCUGUCUGGGUGAAGAGUGAAUUACUGCCAAACCUAGAAAAGGAAGAUAUACGGAUUUGUCUCCAUGAGAGAAACUUUGUUCCUGGCAAGAGCAUCGUGGAAAAUAUCGUCACCUGCAUUGAGAACAGUUACAAGUCCAUCUUUGUUUUGUCUCCCAACUUUGUUCAGAGUGAGUGGGGCCAUUAUGAACUCUACUUUGCCCACCACCAUCUCUUUCACGAAGGAUCUAAUAACUUAAUCUUGAUCUUGCUGGAACCCAUUCCAAAGUAUUCCAUUCCUAGCAGCUAUCACAAGCUCAAAAUUCUCAUGGCACAGAGAACUUAUUUGGAAUGGCCCAAGGAGAAGAACAAACAUGGACUUUUUUGGGCUAACCUAAGAGCAUCCAUUCAUAUCAAGUUGAUGAAGCAAGCAAAAGAAAUAGCUCACACAUACAUCUAACAAUAUUCCUCUUUUCACCCUUAUUUUUGGAAGGUCCAACAAUGACAUUUUGCAUCAACACGAAUCUAAACAUGAUUUUGAAUUUAUGAAAUAGAUAAAAAUGUGUACUCUCAGGCCCCAGUUCAUCAUUUAUAUGUGGUAAUAAAAAUUAAUGAAAUAAUAUAAACUUGAUUUAAACAGCUAAUUUCUAACAUAUGAGGGAUUCGCCUGUUUCUUUGCUAGGAGAGAGUUGAUUGAAUUUAUCCUGUAAUUAAGAGAACCACCUUUUAAACAACUUCAGUGAUAUAUGUUCCUGUGUGCCGGGGUUAAUAUUAGAAAACUCCACGUCUUUUAUACCUGUAUCUGGGAGUGUAUAGCAGAUUUCUAUAGAUGAUGGUGCAUUCCUCUUUUCCACUCAGCAUUUGCCUCUAUGUUAAAGGCUACUGAUUGCUAAUGUUGGAGACUCUUUGUCUUAAGGGUUUUCUCCCUGACAAUGAAAACCCACUUGGCCCACACAAUGAGCGAUUCAGAAGCACUGCAGGUUGUCCUUGGAAGCAGCCCUCAAGCAACGUCAGAAAGAGAAUUGGUGGAUAAAUGCCCCAACUUUCUUGCCUGUUUUGGGGGAUAAACCUGGGGGUGUACUUUAUAUUCUUCCUGAGUUCCCCAGUAGGGUAGAAUUCUGAUUCUCCACAGUAGAAACAACUUGUUAAGCAUUCUUUACUGGCUUCUUUUCUAUUCUUAUCUCAUCCUCAUUCCUCCAAGGGUGUUUCC